AUGGAUUCUUCGCCGAGAAGUAGCAGGCUCGAGGAGCCUACGCUCCCAACAAUCUCAGGAGUGAAGCGCCCGGCAUCUUUACUCCCCGCCUUUGAGCCCCUGUCGUCCUCCCCGGGCCUUCCUAGGCCAGUGAAGAGGCAGGCAACCGGUAAUGGAGCAUACAAGUACCCAACACCUGUACCGACUUCAAGCACCGGUAUCCUCUCGUCAUCGCCACCACGCGUCGCCGGACGUCCCACCGCGCAACGGAGCGUCUCCGCAGCCACGGAACGUGCGCCCUUAUCCGCAGUUCCGACAGUCGAGCUUAACGAGAACGGCGAAGCACUCCUGAUGGGCCGUUCUAGCAACUCAUCCCAUUAUCAACUAUCGGCCAACCGCCUCAUUAGCCGCGUCCACGUCAAGGCACGAUAUAUACCCGCCACAUCACCGCCUGGGGAGAACAAGAUUGAGAUUGUUUGCAGUGGCUGGAACGGAUUGAAAGUGCACUGCCAAGGUCGGACAUGGGAGCUUGCAAAGGGUGAUACAUUCACCUCGGAGACGGAGUCUGCCGAUAUCAUGAUUGAUGUGCAGGACGCUCGUGUCCUGAUCCAGUGGCCCAAGAGGGAAAGGUCUGACAAUUUGGGAAAUCUAUCAGACUCGUCAUGGGAGGAUUCGCCGACACGUCCUAGGGCAGAUAGGACCGGUGCUGGAAGCUUACAAUCCAGCCCCUUGCGGCGGCAAAGGCGAAUGGUAUCUCCAGAGUCGCCGACCCAGAAAUUUGCUACCAGCCUUGACUCGCUUUCCGCUCUGUCCCACGACCGGAUCCAAAUAUAUGAGGACCCUAACAGUGAAGAUGAGCUAGAGCUCCCCAAGCUGCCGUCAGAAGACGCCAACGCAAGCUUCAUGACCGAAGCUACUAACAAAAGCUAUUCGAGUGACCUCAGCGAUCCUGAGGAUGAUGACCUUGAAAAUGACCCCAAUGAAGAGAACGACCCUAUCGUGCAUUCUUUUGGUCCUUUCGGUGCAAACCUGUCUGACCGCAUGGCCUCGAUAUUCGCGGGUAGCCCUACCAAGGUCUCCCGGUCGUCACCCCAUGCUGCACGCCGACCUCUCGCCAACAGCAAAGGAACAACCGCGGUCACUGCUGCUGCAGGUGCACUCUCCUCCGCAAUUGUUUUCACCGGGUCAUCUCGGAAAACUCACCGCGCAUCGUCACCUAGCCCGGCUCAACCCAGAGCCAGCAGCAAGCGCACAGAGACCACCACCCCUGCACCAAGCAGCAGCAGAGGGGCACCCGCCCCUGCUGCCGAGCCGUCGUUUGACCUGUCCGCCUUUGACGUGCCGACCAUCACCAACCACGUUGUUAAUCAGCUUGCUUACUCACGGCUGCAGUCAACGCCCCUCUCGGCCAUUCUUAGCCAUCUGCCUGCCGAUGUCAAGGGGGACGGCAAGCUGGGCAAGAACGCACUGCGUCACAUCAUAGAGGAUAAAAUCGCAUGCGUUGGAACCAUCCCCAGACAAGGCAAGGAUGCUGCCGGCAAGCCGCUCGAGAGCGAGUACUAUUACAUGCCGGAGAAGGAUGAGGACGAGUUCCGAAGACUCGCAGUCACUGACGGCAUGCGGAAGCCGAGCUUAAGGGCUUGUAGAAAGCAGCAUAAGCAAUAUUAUUGGAAACGGCCCAAGACUCCUUGA